AGCGCGCGCCGCCCCCUUCCCCUUCCUCCCUCGACGGGCCUCCUCCAUCGGUGAGAGUGCGUUGCCUGGUUACCGGGCGGGGAAUGGGGGACUCGGCGCGCGGCGAGCCUGAGGAAGAAGAAGGAGAGGACGAGGAGGAGGAGGAGGAAGAGGAGGAGGAGGAGGUUGGAAGGAAUGGGGACGGGGAGUCGGCGCCCGGCGGAGGGCGAAAAGGCCGCGGCGGGCGCAAGGCGAGGGGGAGGCCGCGGCUGACGGAGUCCGACCGGGUGCGGCGCCGCCUCGAGUCGCGCAAGAAGUACGACGUGCGGCGGGUCUACCUGGGCGAGUCGCACGGGCCCUGGGUGGACCUCCGGCAGCGGAGCGGAUGGAGCGACGCCAAGCUGGCCGCCUAUUUGCUGGAGCUGGAGCGGGAGCAGCGGGCCGGGCGCCGAGGGAAACCAUGGGAACAGAUGCCAUAUGAGCCACAGCGAAAGAAAAGAAGAAGGCGGAAUGUGAACUGCCUUAAAAACACUGUGAUCUGGUAUGAAGACCAUAAGAACCGCUGCCCCUACGAGCCCCACCUCUCAGAGUUGGACCCCACCUUUGGGAUGUACACUACAGCUGUGUGGCAAUGCGAAGCAGGACACCGCUAUUUCCAGGACCUCCACUCCCCCCUUAAGCCCCUCAGCGAUUCUGAGAAUGAGUGUGACAAUGUUGCCAAUGGGACAGCGGCUGGAAGCUCCGAUUCGUCAGAGGACAGCUCCGGUUCUGACGCAGAGGAACAACAUGAGAGCCAUAAGAUCCAGACCCAGCAGCCAUUGGCACCACCAGCAAAUACUGAAGGCGGGAGUGCCAGUGGGCUCAUUACUCAGGACGGUAUCCACAUUCCCUUUGAGCACCAUAUUGAGAACCUGACGGCAGAACAGGGUGCUAAUGGGGACCACAAUUCACCCCUGAAUGGCCCAGAAACCAUGGAAACUGUGGUAUGCGUGCCAGUGCCCAUGCAGAUGAGCUCAGGCCAUGGGACUCUGUUCGAGAAUGUUACACAAGAGACUCUUGGUGAGGUGGUGGCUAACUGCCCUGUGCAGGGCAUGGUGCAAGGCUCACAGGUCAUCAUCAUUGCUGGGCCUGGCUACGAUGCCCUCACGGCCGAGGGAAUCCAGCUGAAUGUCACCAGCACAGGAGGAGAGGAGCUGCCUUGUGCCAUGAUUGAGGGUGUAGCAGCUUAUACUCAGGCAGAGCCUGAGAGUGGACAGCCCAGUAGCAUGGAGAACAUGGAAUACAUUGAAAUCAAAAAAGAAAAUGAGGAGCUCUUUGAACUCAAAAAAGAGGAACCGCAGCCCCCAACAGAAAUAGAGACACCCUGUGACCCAGAGGCAUGCCAUGACAAUGAGGAGCUGGAACAAGAGCCUGAGCCUGAAGAUGAAACUGAGGGCAGCAACAUGUCAUCCAUUAUCUAUGAGAUUCCCAAGGAACCUGAAAAGAGAAGACGGAGCAAAAGAGGCCGAGUGAUGGAUGCAGAUGGCAUGUUGGAGAUGUUCCAUUGUCCCUAUGAGGGAUGCACCCAGGUCUAUGUAGCACUUAGUAGUUUCCAGAAUCAUGUCAACCUUGUUCAUCGGAAAGGAAAGACGAAGGUGUGCCCCCACCCUGGUUGUGGCAAGAAGUUCUAUCUGUCCAAUCAUCUCCGGAGGCACAUGAUAAUUCAUUCAGGAGUCCGUGAGUUUACCUGUGAGACCUGUGGGAAAUCCUUCAAGCGGAAAAACCACCUGGAAGUCCAUCGACGAACCCACACAGGAGAGACGCCUCUUCAGUGUGAGAUCUGUGGCUACCAGUGCCGGCAGCGGGCCUCUCUCAACUGGCAUAUGAAGAAGCAUACCUCAGAAGUACAGUACAACUUCACUUGUGAACACUGUGGAAAGCGCUUUGAGAAGCUAGACAGUGUCAAGUUCCACAAACUAAAGAGCCAUCCGGACCAGAAGGCUACCUGAUCCUGACUGUGGACCACUUUAUUUAUUGCCCCACGGUGGAUCCCAAAUCAGCUGAGGACACUUUGUUGCACAUACACAGCUGGAGAUGUGAUGUGUUCUACCUGGUGCAGAAGGAUCCACCCCACAGUGUUAACAUGGGGCAGCUUUCAAAAAACAAAUGUUGAGAGACUUCAAAAGGUUUUAGUUCUGAUGUGCAGCUGUCAGUGUUCUCAGGUACUAGGGGCAGGGGAGAGUUCAAACAGCAUCAGGUCAAUUCAUAUAGUAACUGGAGAUUGUGGUGCUAUAACUAUCUUGUCUGGGCCAGGGCUGGGGGACAGAUGGACACAGAAACAAUAGGGAAAGAGAAUAUUAGCCAAUUAAAAUAUAAAUACUUUGUUA